UGACGCCGCCGCAUAUCCGCUCAUCGUGGGUUACCCCGCGCACACCGUCGAGAUUCGACGGUCGUUACGAGAACUCUUCGCAUGCCCUGGAUAUCGGACGAACAUAUCUGGCGGAGGCCCACACGCUCGCCGAGGGAUUCGCAUGCGAUACGGCGUCCAUGACCCCCUUCCUCGACGAUCGCAAAUGCUGUAGCCCCAUUCGCUGACAGAUACCCGACGACCGCUCGGCACGCUGGGGAACCCACUUCCGUCCCCGAGCUAUAAAAACAAGGCACUCUUGCCCGAGGGAGGAUGCUUUCUGUUUCUCCGCUCGCACUUAUCUCUAGGCUCGCGCGCGCUGCACGCUUCCAAAGGCCCGUUUCUGCAUUUAUCGACAGGAAGAUGUCUACUGCUAUCGUCGAGUACGAGACAAAGGGCAUGCCGUUCCGUAGGCUCGGCCCUAGUGGGCUGCGUGUGCCUGUGUUCUCGCUUGGAGGAUGGCUUACGCUCGGAGGGACUGUUAUCGGCGACCCUGUGAAGGACAUCAUCAAAGUCGCCUUUGAGAAUGGUAUCAACAUGUUUGACACUGCGGAGACUUAUGCGAGCGGCAACUCCGAGAAAGAGAUGGGCCGUGUCAUCCGCGAACUCGGUCUGCGCCGCACGGAUCUCGUCAUCACGACAAAGCUCUAUUGGGGACCUCAAAGGGAAAACCCGAACGGAACCGGAUUGUCGAGGAAGCACAUUAUUGAGGGAACGAAAGCAUCACUCGAGCGGCUUGGGAUGGACUACGUGGACGUGAUUUUCGCGCACCGUCCCGACAGCACCGUACCGAUGGAGGAGAUCGUGCGCGCCUUCAACUUUGUCAUCGAUCAGGGCUGGGCUUUCUAUUGGGGCACGUCGGAAUGGUCUGCGCGUGAACUCGAGGAGGCGUACCAUGUUGCCGACAAGCUCGGCCUGGUUGGUCCGGUUGCUGAGCAAUGUCAACAUCAUAUGUUUCACCGCGAGCGUCCCGAGAAGGAGUACGCGCCUCUCUACCAGAAGUACGGGCUUGGCACGACUGUCUGGUCGCCGCUCGCCAGCGGCCUUCUCACAGGGAAGUAUAACAACGGCAUCCCCGAAGACUCACGCUACGCGAACCACAAAGACUUCUUUCAAAAUACGCUCAAGACGCUCAACGAGGAAGAGGGCCAGAAGAAGCUCGCGAAGGUGCGCGCGCUGACCAAGCUCGCAGAGACGGAGCUCGGGUGCAGCGCCGCCCACCUCGCGCUCGCGUGGGUCGCGGUGAAGCCCGGGACGAGCACCGUCAUUCUGGGAGCGUCGAAGCCCGAGCAGGUGGUGGACAACUUGAAGGCGCUGCAGGUCAUCCCGAAGCUGACGCCGCAGAUCAUCGAGAAGAUUGAGGCGAUUUUGGAGAAUAAGCCGGAGCCGCUGGUAUGUGUGGCGACGUAUGGCAGGCCUCCGUUGGAUACCUCGAGCAGGUUGUGAAGAUAAUUUUAAGUGACGGUCUGUUGGUGGUAUGCCACGUAAAUCACGCGCCAAUAGGUGUCGAACACGAUAAAUAUAUUGCCGUGAGCCAGGGGAA